GCAACCAUUAAUAAACAAUAAAUGAUUGUAUAUAUUAUUAUUAUAUAUAUAAUAUUGUAAUAGUUAAGUUAAAAAUGAAUCAAAAACUAGUAGAGCAAGUGCGCUCUAAGCGAAACAUAAACUUAACAUACAAACAUGUCAAAAGCCGAUACCUGGAAAAAAGUAGAACUGAGAAACAACUACAAGAUAUACCGAAACAUAGCUAUCUAACGAAAACUAAAAAAGUGGAUUCCAACGCGACAUUAGAAGACACGGAAAGAGACAGCGAAAAGAUAAAAAUGGAACGCGUACAACGCAUAUCACUGCCUGAUAAGUGUUACAUUGAACUGCUGGAUUAUGACUAUUAUGAUGAGUACUCGAGUUUUAUAAAUGUGAUCCUCACUAUAGACGACAUACGACAGGCUAAGUACAAAAAGUACAAAUAUGGUCCCUCUAUCAGAACGGAACCAGUUCUGCUAUCAACCCUACAUGAUUUACUCAAGCUAAGCAAAACGCCUAUUGACAUGUUACACGUUGCAUUUAUAGUCAACCGGUACAAGACAAAUAACAUAAAAUCAAUAUCAAACCAAUGGUUUGAUAUACCAGAGUAUAAUUGGUUAUGGGUGGUCGAGCUUAUUAUGAUUGCUGCUCGUGCGAUGGAUAGUCACUUAAACGACGGUAACGAUGAUAGACCAGAAUCUGCGGUGUUUUGGUACGCAGGGGGAGUAUUUUACAGCCGUAACGGAUAUACGGAGAUUGCUAUGGAGUACUUUAAGAAAGCACGAAAAAUUAGCAAUAACCCUAGUAAACUGAUAUUUCCAUUUGUACCUUCAGACUUGCAUAAAGAAAUGGAAAUUAAACAAUAUGAACGGUUUGUUAAAGAGCCAUACAGUGUAUGGACAUUGACUUGUCUGCACCAAAGCGAUAUAUUGAAAAAUACCACUAUCCAUCAAGAUCCGAAGAAGGCGGUGAGGACACUAUAUCACGCCCGUAAUCUGUUAAAAGUAUCAAAUGAACCGGAUAACAUGCCACGGGUUCUAAUUGCAAAAGUAUAUUACGAGCUUGGCCUCAAGUACAAAGCCUUGGGUUCAAUCAAGAGCUCGAUAAAUGCUUUCCGUAAAUGCAUAGAUUUUGCAGAAAAUGAACACCAUGAACUGGAUCUGAUGGCAAAGUUCAUGGUUACAGAAAUCUCUCGGUGCCCACCCAAAAACUGGUCUUAUUUGGAGUUGAAAAAGGAAGCGAUAAAAAGGCUAAAUCUCCGAAUGCUUGUUAAAACAAGCGUGGCACUUGGAAUGGAAGCACAGAAAAAAGAAAGGUUUGAAGAGGGCUUUCACCACUUUGGAGUAGCUGAAUGGUUGAGCCGAAAAUCAAAUCGAAAUGUUGAUUCUUUGGACAUAGAAAUUGCUAUAAUGAAUAUGGCUAUUUGUCGAACGAAGAGGUUGUUUCAACUAUUUCCAAAACCAAAAAGAUAUGAGUCACGAUACAAAAUGAAAGGCUGUAAUCAAUGGACAUAUCAAGAAGAAAAAAACAUGUAUUGUAAAGUCGAAGCGGAAGCUCGGGAAUUAUUUGAUUUGUUUGGAUUCUACUUCGACGAUUCAGACGACGAUUACGAUAUGUUUUUGGAAAAUGGCGAGGAAUUUUUGAAAGAAGAGGAGUUGGAAGAUGAUGACGAGUAAUUUUCUGUUUCUGUUAUAACAGAUUAAGAAUAAUUCUGGGUUUUUGUUCAAUAUAAUAAAUUAUUAUUUUAUAUUUUUUAAA